CUGACGGAAAUUCUUAUUUUCACUCAAACUCACAAGGUAUAGACAAUCUUUCCAAGGUUUAAGCAUGGUCAACAUCCCAAUCAGAUUCCGUCUCUUCUUACGAUACCUGUGCCUGUUAUCAUCUCUGUCACUGGUCUUUACAAGCCAAGCAAUCUCAAUCCGAGAAGCGAGCAUAAGUGAUCUCCAGCUAGCAUUCAAGCAAAACAGGCUCACUUCCAGGCAACUUACCAAGUUCUACCUCGGCGAAAUCCGCCGACUCAAUCCGGUCCUGAGAGCUAUCAUAGAGGUGAACCCAGAUGCAUUGAACCAAGCCGAUAGGGCGGACCGGGAACGUAAGGCCGAGAAACACGUCCUGCUCUCCAGUUUGCAUGGAAUUCCUGUACUUCUCAAGGAUAGCAUUGCGACGAAAGACAAGCAGAACACCACAGCUGGCUCGUUUGCACUUCUCGGCUCAGUUGUCGCUCGGGAUGCAGGGGUGGUGGCUAGGUUGAGGCGAGCUGGUGCGGUCAUAUUAGGGAAGGCCAAUUUGAACGAGUGGUCUGGAUUUAGGUCUUUGACUCAACCAAAUGGCUGGAGUGCAAGGGGUGGACAAGGCAGGAAUCCUUAUGUGCUUUCUGCAGAUCCUUGCGGUUCAAGUGGCGGAUCGGCGAUAGCAGUGGCGGCAAAUAUGGUGGCAGUGUCACUAGGAACUGAGACCGAUGGCUCGAUCUUAUGUCCUGCCAGUGUAAAUUCAGCAGUAGGCAUCAAACCAACAGUUGGUCUCAGUAGCCGAGCCGGGGUGAUUCCGAUCACACCCAGACAAGACACGGUUGGGCCGAUAUGCAGGACUGUCUCAGAUGCUGUUGAUGUUCUUGAUGCAAUCGUAGGCUAUGAUCCCAACGACGCGAAAGCCACAAGAGAAGCAUCGAAAUACCUUCCUCAAGGUGGAUAUAGACAGUUCCUCAAAGUUCAUGGUCUCCACGGCAAGAGACUGGGCAUCGUGAGACACCCUUUCUUCAAUUUCACCAAUAAGCCCAGCCAAGCUCUGGCUUUUACGAAGCAUUUCGCGACACUGAGGCAAGCAGGAGCUGUUUUGGUAGAUAAUCUGAAAAUCAAGAACAUAGAUGUGAUCUUGAACUUCAAUUUGAGCGGUGAAGGAACGGCGGUGCUCGCGGAGUUCAAAAUAGCCCUGGAUGCUUACCUUGAGGAGCUAGUGUCAUCGCCAGUACGAUCCUUGGCAGACGUAAUAGCUUUCAACCAGAAAAACUCUAAACUGGAAAUGACCAACCAGGUAGACCAAAGCAUCUUGUUGGCGUCUGAAUUCACGAACGGGAUUGGGAGCGCGGAGAAAGCAGCCUUGUCGAAUCUAGGAAAGCUAACGAGAGAAGGGUUCGAGAAGCUAAUGAUGCGGUACGAGCUGGAUGCUGUCAUGACUCCUGGAUUUGACUUCACUCCUGUUCUUGCCAUUGGCGGAUUCCCAGGAAUCAGUGUCCCGGCCGGCUAUGACACCGAGGGCGUGCCCUUCGGGAUUUGCUUCGGAGGGCUGCAAGGUUCGGAGCCGAAGCUGAUUGAAAUCGGCUACGGGUUCGAGCAAGCUACUAAGAUCCGGGAGCCUCCUUCAUUUAGGCCUUGAAGCUCCCCUGAUCAAGACUCCCCUCAAAGCAAUUCUUCAUGAUCGCUGGCUUGCUCGUUUCGCUCGUUGACAAAUAGAAUCACAAAUAAUCUCUCAUUCCAAGAAGAAUCGGAUUCGUAUUCCAUUGUUGGAUGCCGAAAAGCUUUUAGAUCUUUAAUGGAGGACACAUCUGAACCAUUGAUAGUUGAAUGCUGAGAUUUAUUAUCUCUGU